AUGGAAUUGAACCUUCACAAAGACUUUCAAACGGUCUGCACCCUUUUGAAGCACAAUUUGACCCAGAUUAGUGAUGUUAGGAAGGAAAUGUCUAAGCUAAAGAGCAAACUUCUAGUGGAAGGAUCCCAGUACUCAGAUAACAUUGAUUUAUUUCAAAGGAAGUUAAAAUUUAUUAAAUAUCAUACUCUCAGUAUUUUACACCUAUCAACGCUUGAUGGGAAGGAAAAUACCUCUCCUUCGAAAGAAGUGCAUUCUCCCCAAGUAUUUGAGGGUAACCAGCGCAUUGUCUCUUCGAGGUGCCAAACUCCUGCUAUAAUAUCAGUGCAAACCAAAACCCCAAUGAGCAAACCUAAGAAGAGAAGAAUGAAGGACUACCUGAAAUCUAUAGAUAAGCUGUCUGAACAGGAAAAUUUAGACUUUUCUGCUGAUGACAUCUCAGAGGCGGCCAAGUUCAGUAACCUCGGAAAACUUGAAAUCAAGGAAGAGCUAGAAGAGGAGAAUGGCAAAGACACGAUAUUGGAGCCGAUCAACAAUCAAGAGGAGCAAAAAGAUAACUCUUCAUUAGAGAAAAUUAGCCCUUCUAGUAAUAUUCUUGGAGAAUCAGAGAACUUGAUAGGGUCCCCUGAUAUGGAUGAUACCAUCCAGGAUUUGACCCUGAAGAAAUACUGUAUGAUGUCAGAUCAAAAGGAAAAGGAAAAAUCUAAUCUAAAAGAAGCGCUUUCAAGCUCAAAAUUUAAGGUCUACUCUUCAAAUCUUAGAGGAGAGCCGAGGUGAGACCUAUGUUUUCAAGAUUGUGAGAUCAGUAAGCUUUUAAGUAUCUGUAACGGUGAACACAAAGCACAUCCGGAAUGUUUUAAGAAGAGGAUGUACAGUUAUAUUGAAACUCUGAAGCAUCCGACACUUUGCAUCAUUAAUAACUGCAAAAAGUGACUACCUACAAAGGCAAUAGAGAGUAUAGCAAAUAAAGAAGACUUGAGCUUUGUGGCCUAUAUGCAUAUAGACGUGAAUAAUGCCUGCAAGAAGGCCAGAUCCAUCGCUUGGUGCAAUAAUUGUCAUAUAUUAAGUGUCCUUGACAGACAUGAAAGAAAAGGUAAACUUUGAGAUACUUGUCUUGGCGGAUUGAUUAAAGUGCGGGACUUGUUCAGAAAUUCAAUAGUGAUCGAGAAUAAUCAGAAGACCGAGGAGGUUAAGAACCAGAUUAAGGAAUACGUCAAAAUUAAAUUCAAGAAAUGAGAUACAUGUCCUGAUUUUCCAAACCCCGCAAUUUCCCUCCAAAAAAAGUGAGAUGCCCAUAAUAAAAAUGUGCAAAUUUCUAAAUUUUUUAAAGUUUCAACAUAA